AUGGUCGUGUUUAAAGUACUUAAUAUGAGCCAACUUCGUGCUACUAUAAAUCGACAUAAUCAUUUAAAAGAAAUUGAAUUAUCAAUGAAACAAUACAAACAAACUAAUGUUGCAUUACCAAUAUUUAAUAAUAAUAUAUCCGUGGUUGAUAAUAAUUCAGAUGAUGAGGAAAAAGAAACUAAUAAAAAAAAUGAACAAGCUAUUAGCGUAGAUAAUUGA